UUUCCUGGUUCAGAAUACUAGGUUCAGGAUACUCCACGUUGUUACAUUAUGCGCGAAAAUAACCAGUUUAAAGUAGGAUUUCUGUGAGACAUUCACAUUAUAUCUAUGCAAACCGCAGCAAGACAUUAGAACUGAUUUGGUUCAGUGUCCUAAAGGUGUACAAACAUGUUCCCACGAGACUUCGCGUGGGGAGCGGGAACUGCUGCGUAUCAAAUAGAAGGUGGCUGGCAGGCAGACGGCAAGGGACUGAGUAUCUGGGACACGUUUUGUCACGAUAAAGGCAGAGUGUUUGGGGAACAGAAUGGAGAUGUGGCCUGUAACAGCUACGAGCUGUGGGAGAAGGACCUGGAGUGUAUCCAGCAGCUUGGACUGACGCACUAUCGUCUGUCGCUCUCCUGGGCCCGCCUCUUGCCUGAUGGGACCACACGAUGUGUCAAUCAAAAAGGUGUACAGUACUACAACAAGGUGAUUGAUGAUUUGCUGGCCUGCAGUGUAUCACCUAUGGUCACACUUUACCACUUUGACCUGCCUCAAGCUCUCCAAGAUCAAGGUGGCUGGAAAUCACCGGAUAUAACGACCCUGUUUGACAGCUACGCCAAGUUUUGUUUCCGAACAUUUGGUGACCGCAUCAAACUUUGGAUCACUAUCAACGAACCCUAUGUGUGCGCCAAACUGGGCCAUGAAGAUGGUAUCCAUGCCCCUGGGUUAAAAGAACUGGGGAUUGCUGCCUACCUGGUGGGCCAUAACAUGCUGCGUGCUCACGCCAUGGCCUGGCACAGCUACAACUCGAUCUACAGGAAAGAGCAGAAGGGGGCAGUGUCUCUGGCCAUCAACAGCGACUGGCUUGAGCCACUACACGCAGGUUGCACCGAGGAUAUCGCUGCCACUGACCGCCACUUUGCAUUCACACUAGGUUGGUUUGCCUGGCCUGUGUUUGUAACUGGAGAUUAUCCAGAAAUAAUGAGAUCUGCCAUCAAUGCUCAGAGUAAGAAGUUGGGGUACAACGGUAGCUCAAGGCUGCCCAGUUUCUCAAAGGAUGAGCCUUCCAUUUUGGGCACGGCUGAUUUCUUCGCAUUGAACUACUAUACAUCUCGUAAAGUCAAGCCGGGAGAAGGGUGUGGAAAGAUGCUGUGUAUGAAGAGCGACCGGCAUACAGAGGAAGUUUUGGAUCCAUCCUGGCCUAUCUGUGGUGUGUCCUGGCUCGCUGUCGUGCCCCAUGGCUUAAGGAAACUUCUUAAGUACAUCAAGGACACUUUCAACCACCCUGCGGUCUACAUUACAGAGAACGGCUUCUCUCAGGUGGGGCCGCUGCAGAUUGAGGAUGCCCAGCGCUCAGAGUUUUACAAGGACACCAUCUUCGAAGUAGCAAAAGCUAUACAAGAAGAUGGAGUCAACGUCCGUGGAUAUUUCGCCUGGUCGCUGCUCGACAACUUUGAGUGGGCCGAUGGAUUCAGUGUUCGUUUCGGAUUGUUCCACGUGGACUUCGCAGACGCAAAGCUAAGCCGUACCAUCUACCAGUCUGGACGGGAGUAUGCAAAGAUGAUCUCAAAAUACAAAUGUGGUCAAGAGGAAAAGAGAUAAUAAAAAUCAGCAGUUUUUGCAUUGCUUUCCUGUCAGACUCACACAUUCAUACAAAUUAGAUACACCAAUCCAGUUCAGCAAACCAACCAGGCUUCCUUUUUAUUGUAGAUCCAAAGUUUAAAGCACCACUUUUGUGCCUGGAUUUCUUUUCAGUUUAGAAAAUGGCCGGGGUGAUUUAUAGAAAAUCUGACUUCAGCAGGGUACACGAGGACAUGGCUGAACAGUGUUGAUUCAGUGGGAUGCAAAUUAGUAUUCUAUCCUGCCCAGUUCCCAGUCAAUCUUUACUAGGAGGUUUAUGGAGAGUUCCUCACUGAGAGGGCCAAGGCAGCUGUAAGACCAAGCUGCUGCAGAACAAAUGCGUGUGAAUGCAUUGUAUUUGUCAGUGAUUAAUAGCAGUAUUAAUGGUGGCAUCAUCUUGAAUAACAGCGCUGAAUACACACAUUCACUUUGGGUGUAUAGUGGUGAGAUGCAUGGUUGCAGUCCAUCUACAUCUCUAAGAUCUCCUCCUCAAUCUGUGAGUCAAUAAAUCAAAAAAAACAACAACAAAAAAAACAGCACAAUA